AUGAGAAUCGAGACUUCAAACUGUGCCAUAAACUGCGCGUCAAACGGUAUUGUUAAUCCGACGGUGAAUGUCAUAAAGAAUGACAUUGAAAAUGGUGUAGUGAAUGCCAGUGUCAACGGUGUAACUGUAAAUGGUAGUAUAACGAAUAAAACCUUUGUUAGUACAAUGACUACUACUGCAAUUGAUGUAAACAAUUCUAACGUAAAUGGUGAAAUAAAAGAAGCUACAAAAAUUAUAACAAGUCAUGCUGGAAAUGGUGUUGUGCAAAGUCCCAAACGUUACGAAUCCCAAGUUACUGUUGUACUUGGCGCUCAAUGGGGAGACGAAGGCAAAGGGAAAGUGGUGGAUAUGUUGGCGCGGGAGGCUGAUAUCGUUUGCAGAUGCCAGGGCGGUAGUAAUGCUGAUCACAUUGUUGUGGUAAAUGGAACAGAAUUUGUAUUUCAUCUCUUGCCUUGUGGCAUUGUCAAUGAGAAAUGCGUUGCGGUCAUUGGCAAUGGUGUUGUGAUUCAUUUACCAUCAUUACUCGAGGAGUUGAGUCAAAUGCAAUCUAAGGGACUGGCCAAAAUCGAACAACGUUUAAUCAUCUCGGAUCGCGCCCAUUUGGUUUUUGAUUUUCAUCAGGAAGUCGAUGGCAUGCAAGAAGCCGAAAGAGAAGGCACAGCAAUAGGGACCACAAGAAAGGGUAUUGGUCCAACUUACUCUAGUAAAGCUACCCGCAAUGGCAUACGGGUGGGUGAGCUUUUGGGUGACUUUAAUCAUUUUAUCGAAAAAUUCAAAACUAUUGUUGGUAACUACCAACGUUUAUUUCCCUCCAUCAGUGUGGACAUUAAUGCCGAGUUGAAGCGCUAUAAGACAUAUGCCGAGUGUAUACGCCCUUAUGUCAAGGAUUCAGUUUAUUUUUUGCAUGCUGCUCUGCUCGCAGGCAAAAGAAUUCUUGUUGAAGGAGCCAAUGCAGGAAUGCUGGAUAUCGAUUUUGGCACCUAUCCCUAUGUGACAAGUAGUAAUUGUAGCAUAGGUGGUGUACUGACAGGACUUGGAUUACCUGCUCAAGCCAUAGGUGAAGUUGUAGGUGUUGUAAAAUCCUAUACAACACGUGUUGGAGAUGGGCCAUUCCCCACUGAGCUAUCGAAUAAUAUGGGAGAAGUGUUGCAAAUACGUGGUUCUGAGGUUGGUUUUACCACCAACCGAAAAAGACGCUGUGGUUGGUUGGAUAUACCAUUGCUGAGAUAUACUUCUUUGGUGAAUGGCUACACCUGCAUAUGCCUCACAAAACUAGAUAUAUUGGAUACUUUGGAUGAGAUAAAAGUGGCCAUAGCGUACAAACAUUCCAAUGGUGCCAUGUUGUAUCAUAUCCCCGGUACUGUUGCCGAAUUGCAAACCAUUGAGGUGGAGUAUGCCAUUUUGCCGGGAUGGAAAACGUGUACGCAAAAUAUUCGCACCUUUGAGCAACUGCCAGAAAAUGCUCAAAAAUAUGUACGCUUUGUGGAGAACAAACUUGAAGUGCCCAUACGUUGGGUUGGUGUAGGGAGAGGGCGUGAAUGUAUUAUCAAUGUACAAAAGAUUAGAUAAUAACCGCUGAAUGUUUUG